AUGAACAGCAUUAAUAACACUAAGGACGUUCCAGAGAAAAAGGAGUUCGCUUUGCACAGGAGCUCUUCUGAAGGGUCGGUAAUUUCUGAGACCACAGCCACUAGUAGUGAUGUUGUUGACGCUGAGAAGGUCAGUAAGUGGGACUUGAAGACACAGACGCCACACGGAGGGCAGGAGUGGUCGGAGAUCGGCAACCUUGUUGAGGACUUCUCGGUCACCACGAAUGGUCUUGGUCCGGUAUCUGAGGCACUGGAAGCUGCUAAGGAGGCGUUGCUGACCAUCGAGCAUUAUCCUCCGAGUGACUUCGAGCCAGCAAUCACUGACUUGGCCGAGUUCCUCUCUCCUCACGACUCAGCUGACAUGCGCUCCCGUCUGCUGUUGGGCAACGGCGCUAGUGAGAUGAUCGAUAUGAUAUCGAGGUUGGCCCCGAAGGGUCAAUGGAGACCGGGUCCAUUCACCACUCAGUAUCAAGAGUAUCGUCGGUCUGCAACCAACGCUGGUCGUGCCGAACUGCAUUGGUCUGAUGGUGGUGCUAAGCUGACGAGCAUUGUGAACCCCUGCAAUCCCACAGGCGACUAUAUGCACGUUGAGGAGAUCAAAGAGUAUGACUGCGAGGAGACCUUGGGCGGGCCCUCAUUGGCGUGA